AUGAUCUCAAGUUACGGGGGCGUCCGACGCAGCAAAGCGACGGCUAGCCCGACACAUCAGCGACAAGCCAGUCCUGUACAUGCGGUUUCUACUUCAACAACUACAGCUGCAGCAACAGAGCAGGCUCCCGCUGCGAGCGAAGACGAGGAUGAAAUUGAUGCCGGUAUGAUCUCGAGCUACGGUGGUGUCAGGCGAAGCAAGGCAACGGCACCAGGAACAAAGACAGGAGCGUCCACAAAAGUACGAGAAACAACUAUCGUCCCAGCAGCUCAACAAGCCCCUCUCGAGUCCGACGAAGAGGACAUCGACUUUGGAAUGAUUUCCAGCUAUGGCGGAGUCAGAAGGAGCAAAGCCAGCGCCGUCGGUACUUCCCCUACAACAGGUGCAGCCGAAGGUGGAACCGCAGUGGGGGCGGAAGACGGCUCAACUGCAGGGGAGAGCAAAGUAGCGGAGCACGUCGUGCCCGCUCCAGUUAGUGACGAUGAUGAAGGGGACGACUUGGACGCGGGCAUGAUCUCCAGUUACGGUGGUGUCAGGCGCAGUAAGACAACGGAACAGCCUGUUCUGCAAAAGUCCACGGCUCCUCCGACAGUAGUUUCAGCUGAAGACAAGGAGGCAGGUGGUCAACCUGCAGAACAAGUGGCAGCACAAAAUGAAGCUAAUGUCGAAACUACACAACAAGAAGUUCCAGUAGAAGAAGACGAAGAGGAUCUGGAUGCCGGUAUGAUUUCCAGCUACGCUGGGGUCAAACGGUCCAAGGCUGGUGCCACUGCUUAAGCCUCGUAGGUACAAGAACUCGGGCGAACAUUGCCUGCUUGGCGUGCAACGACACUCGCAAAACUACGAGCAUUUCAUGCACUUCCUAUCAAGUGACGACCCAUUUUCUUUUUGUUUAUUAUAUGUUAGUUCCCCAUUCAUUGUGUUUCUAUCUUCUAGAUUUUAUUUGCGAUAUCUGCUGCAUUUUCGGUAGUAAACCAGCAAGUGCAAGGAAAGGUCCCCCCUUUCAUCGAGACAACGACAAGGUUAAAGAAAGAUUUCCAUCCGAAAGAAGUUUUUAGAUUGUCUUCUAUCGAUCAACGAACUACGUUGUCAGACAGUAUGUGUUGCGUCUAGUCCCACCUCAUAAAAAUUUUGUACGGAAUUUCAGAUGGAUACAGAGCAUUGCUGCACACACCUGCGAGCUCGUCUUUCGUCCCUCUUGGCUUGUUGUGCA